UGCAGCGAUAGUUUGGGACCUUACAAUGAGUACUAUGGAUAGGGUUACAGUUGUGAACUACUGCUUAGGACUGCUGGGUUUGUUACUACUGCAGGGAGUGCUAAAUGUGGAGGGACAGAGCAUAUUUAACCCCGGAAACAAUGUUUUUAAUCCAAAAGAAGACACAAAUCAUCAGAGCAAGAUUCUAGCACUGUUACUACACAAUAGCUUAGUUCCUGUUGAAAAGGAUGAUCCUCUAGGUCUGGAGCUGGCCAAUAAAUUAGCUCAAUUAGAGGAGCUGCAGGCGUUGAGGGAGGACCUGGAGCUGGAGAGGGAGAUCACAGCCAAUUUGGCAGAAGGCAAGUCCAUAACAAGGAAGCGGGGUGAACCUUGCUUCUGGAAGUACUGCGUCUGACAUGGAUGCAAGAGCAGGAGGACCACUAGCUGCAAAUCCCAAAUAGCCUUAAGACUCAAAACACCAGUAAUAUCACACUGUAUUUAUCCCAGCAAUAUAGAGUUGUACCAUAUUUAAAGUCAUCAAUAAACAUUUCCACCGCACUGAGGUGCUCUCAUGAGAGAUCUAAGGACUGCGGCUGUACAUCUUUAAUCUGUAAAUAAUCAGCUACUCCCUAGAAAUACUUGAGGGUCAGAUAUGACUAAAUGUACUUGACUGCAAAGAUAUAUUAUUUAUUUUCGCAGGGAUUUUAUUUGCCUACUGCUUGUGUUUAUGUCGCUCUCUUGUGGCAGUAUUGGGCAUAACCUUUUUUGUACCGCUGCCAACAAACAUCACAUCUGCCACUGCUUUUAGAA